AUGAGGACUGGAUUACUAAAAAAUUAUGGGCCAACACAAAUAUUUCCAGAAGGAAAGUAGGAAAGAGCCUAGUCACUAUAUGAUAUUACAAAUCAUUACUUAAAGCCUUAAGUUGGCAAGAAUGAUCAGAAAUCGAAAUCAGUGAAUACGUAUGGAGUUGAAUCAUAUUUAGAGAGAGACUUCUAUGAUUAGCUGAGAUUGAAGGGGAAGGAGAAGAAGAUUUAAAAUUAAAGUUCCCACAAACCUAUUUUUAAGUUGAGAGGCGACAAUGUAGUAGCAAUUAAAUCGAAGGAUCGAGAAUUGUAUCCUGCAGAUAUCCAAUGGAAUAAUGGGCAGAUUGGUAGAAUAAAGGGGGAGAUUAGCGGGAAAGUUGACAAGAAUUAUGCAAAAAUAAGAAGAUAUUUGGAGGGGUCAUCAAGUGUAAUUGAUUAUUCAGAAUCCAAGAUGUAUGACAAAUUCAAUUCGUAUACCAACAUCACGAAUCAGGAACGAUUUUCAAAGGAUUGUGAUAUCAUGUUCAGAACUAGCAAUAAUGCUUAACCUGGAAAUGUUCAAUCAAUCGGAAGUAUACAGAGGACUAAAUAUGAACCGGAUUGGAUUCAAAGAGGGAAAUACUGA